GUCGGAAUUUUCCAAGUGCAGACUUUUUGCUUGAUUAAUCCAGACUUUGAGCAAUAUUGCGGACUGUUUGAUGUCGGAAUUUUCCAUGUGUGAUGUCAGACUUUUAGCUCGAUAAAUCCAUUUUUAGGUGCGUUAAAGUACAGCUGUAAAAGACAAAAACAAAAAAAACUUGAAAUUGUUGAGGUAAUGAAUUAAAAUGAAGAUUUAGCAAAAUGUUAGAUAGUAAAAAUGGAAAGUGCAUAUACAAAAGUUAAGUAGAGUGGGCAAAGCCAAAUUUUCUUUUUUAAAUGUCACCAACUGAUAUGUCAAACACUGCAUGCAUUGAAAGUUGUGAAAAACAAAACUGCUUUUGUCCUUACUCUCACAUUAUUUUUCCCCUGCGUGUUUCAAUGUACACAUUACUACUGAGAAACUCAACCUGCAUUUCAUGGCUACCUAAUGCUAAUCAGAAGCACUGCAUGUAAUUCCCGACAUACUGCUCAUAAUCAAAGGGACAAAUUGUCGAUAUGAAAUCUUUCAUUUGAUCUUUGUGAGACAAAUCCUUGUUCGAAUUAAAGAUCUUUUCAAACUCGUGUUGAUUUAAGAAUCCACAUUUCGGUUUAUCAAUUUUCUCGUGAAAACUCUAGAGCAAUGGAACAUUCUUUAACGAUUGAUGAUGGUGCAAAACAGCAUUCAUGUGUACAUGGUACAAAGCAAGUUUCCUGUGAGUACUGCCCAAUGGCCUUUUUUGGAGCUUCAACCCUUACAGCUGAUAUAAAAUUCCAUGCUGAAGAAAAGCCACAUUCUUAUGAAUUUUGUUCAACGGCAUAUUUCCAACCUGACUUAUUCAAAGGGCAAGGAUUCCCCAAUCCUGGCCCACUUGAAAGGCAAGAAGAAGUCCCUGCUGAUAAAAAACCCUACGCAUGCAAAUCAUGUCCUAAAGCAUAUUUUAGCCUUUCUUUGUUAGACAGACAUUAUUCAAGAGUUCAUUCUGGCGGAAAGUCGUUUCCAUGUGAAUACUGUUCAGAAGCAUAUGACGAUCCCUCAAAUCUGCAAAGUCACAUUGAAGAACAUAUUGAAGGAAAACUUUUUUCAUGUAAAUUCUGCUCAAAGACAUUUUCUGAUGCUUCAUCCGUGAGAAAGCAUCGGAGAAUCCAUUUCGGAGGAAAAGCAUAUUGGUGUGAAUUUUGUACAAAGUCAUUUUACAAAGCUACUCACUUAAGUAGACAUAAAAAAAUUCAUACUGGUGACCGACCUUACUCCUGUCAGUACUGUUUCGAUACAUUUUCCAGCUCUUCGGACCUGAGCCUGCACAUGAAAGUACACACUCCCGAAAAGCCCUUUGCGUGCCAAUGUUGUUUAAAACUGUUUGGUACAGACAAAGAAUUAAAAAUACAUAUGAGGAUCCAUACUGGCGAGAAACCGUAUUCUUGCAACUAUUGUUUCAAGGCAUUUUCUAGCAUUAAUCUUAUGAAUGGACAUGUAAGGGGCGUUCACAUGAGGAAAAGAAAAACAGUCCGUGUGAAUAUUGUGCCAAAACAUGAGACUCCAUAAAGGCAAAGAACCAUUUUGAAUGAAUGUUGUAAGGGAA